AUGCCUGCUGCCCCGGUUAAGACCUCUGUGCCCAGCGCCAGCUCUGUGCUUGUUCCCGAGACCUUGCUGAAGAAGCGGAAGUCGGAUGUCAAGGCCCGCGAGGAGAAGCAGGCCAAGGCGGUUGAGCUCCGCAAGGCCCGCAAGCAGAAGCGCUCUGUUGUAUUCAAGCGUGCCGAGCAGUACGUGAAGGAGUACAAGGCUCUCGAGCGUGAGCAGAUCCGUCUCCGUCGCGUGGCCAAGUCCAAGGGUGACUUUUAUGUUCCUGGUGAGCCGCGCGUUGCAUUUGUUGUGCGUCUCCGUGGUAUUAGCAACAUUGCACCCAAGCCCAAGAAGAUUCUGCAACUUCUCCGUCUCUUGCAGAUCAACAAUGGUGUGUUUGUGAAGCUCAACAACGCCACUAUGCAGAUGCUCAGGCUCGUUGAGCCCUACGUUGCUUACGGCGAGCCUAACCUCAAGACCAUCCGCGAGCUUCUCUACAAGCGUGGCUACGCAAAGAUUAACAGGCAACGCAUCCCCAUCACUGACAACAACUUGAUUGAGGAGCACCUCGGCAAGUACGGUAUCAUCUCUGUGGAGGAUAUUGUGCACGAGAUCGCGACUGCGGGCCCCAACUUUAAGGCUGCCACCACUUUCCUGUGGCCUUUCAAACUUUCCAGCCCUACCGGCGGCUUCAGGAGGAGGAAGUUUAUCAACUUUAUCCAGGGUGGUGACGCUGGCGACCACGAGUCUAACAUUAACCGCCUCGUUCGCCGCAUGAACUAA